GCCGUAUUGUACCGAGUAUCAUACAAGCGAAAGAGCUGUGCAGUUGUUAGUGGAAUAUACUGAAUUUGAGUAUUUUUAGUCUCAAAUGACGAAUAGAUUAUUGACACAAAAUGGAGAAUAAUUCAUCUGGAUUGACAAAUGGCGUGUCAGAGAUGACCCCGAUGACCCCGUCAGGAGGAGACAAUCCAACUGCUGUGCUGCCAUCAAGUGGUGUCCAUCAUCAUCUGCCACAAAUACCAACUAUGGAUAAAGGUUUAAAGAAAGCCUACAGUAAAUCGAACACCAAACAAUCAGCAGGUCCAGAUAGUGUUUCCGUUACACAUGUUGAGGGUACAGGAGCUGUCUUAAAAAUAUCGGAAACCACCUUAGAAGUUGACGACCUGUUGAACAAAAUGGAAGCAGAGGAUGAAAAAGAGAAAGCUGAAGUAAACGGAAAGGAAAAAUCUGAAGAAUCUAAGAAAACUGAAACUGAGAAAAUGGAAAAAGUUGAAAAAUUUGAAAAAGUUGAGAAAAUGGAAAAAGUUGAGAAAGUUGAGAAAAUGGAAAAAGUUGAGAAAACCGAGAAAAUUCCUGAACCUAAAACCAGUGAAAAUAACAAAUCCGAGUUCAAUACACCAAAAAGUCGCAGAACCUCUAAAGGUCGUAAAAUAAAAGACAAGAAAGAUGAAUCUGAAUACACAACAUCGGCAAAGAGCGUCCGGAAAAUAGAAACGGCGGAACAAAGAACGAAAAGAGUAGUGAAAAGAAAAUUACCCAAAUCUGAUUUUCCAGAGACGGAGAAAUCCCCAAAAGAAACAAAAGUAAAAACCCCUCCAGUACAAGUGUCACCAGAAAUGGAACAACAGAAACCGGCCAAGUAUGGUAUGGGUGAUAUGCUGUGGGCUAAAGUUGGCGGUCAUCCAUGGUGGCCUUGCAUGGUGUCCGAAUGUCCAUAUACCAACAUAUACACCAGAAUUCAAGGUGGCGCACGAAUACAGAGAAUGUAUCACGUUCAGUAUUUUGGUAACGAGGGCGAACGGGGGUGGAUUAGUGAAAGCUCAUCUCUAUCUUUUACUGGAUUAAAAGAUUUCUUAGAUUACGCAGAUGAACGAGUCAAAUCGGCAACCAAGAGCAAUAAGGUGAAAAUUACUCAAACGUUCCGGGUUCUUCCGUCUAGAAAAAUGGCUUGGGAUAUCGGUGUUGCCCAGGCGACAGAAGCGUAUGGUUACAGCAAUGAAGAACGACAAGAGAAAUUCACGUUCGUUUACGAUUUGAAAUCAAAUAAAUCGAAAGACAAUUCGGCCACGCCUAAAGGCUCGCCAACAAAAAAACAGGGUAAGAAAAGAAAAAUGGAGGAAGAUGACUUGUCGAAUGAGUCGGUUGAAGAUACCCCUGUUGAAAAUAAAACCAAACGACAAAAGACAGAGGGAAGUGAUAAUGACUCUAGUUCUGUGAAAGCAUUGUUUACGCGACCUAAAGCCGUGAAGUAUGAGCCUUCAUUCGAUACGUUUUACCACAAACACGAGGAUAGUGUGUUAGACGAGCAUCCUGAUUGGUCAGCAGAAGAAGUGAAAGAGCAUCUAAGUCAACAGUGGAGUUUAAUGUCCGAGAAACAGAAGGCCAGAUAUAAGACGAAAUUCACCAUGGAAACGGAAUCACCCAAUACCGCCAAGAGAUCACCACGUGUCAGUAAACCAUCUAUUAAAAAAUUAGAAGCAGAAGAAGAUAAAAAGGGGCCCACACCAACAUCUAAACCAACGAGAAAGUCAAGAAGAAUGAGUGACAUAAAAUCUGAUGAAGAGACUGAGGUUCCCAUGGAAACGGAACCAACUGACAAGACAAAGGAAGAAGGAGAAGAAGAACAAGUUGAAAUGAAAGAAGUUAAGCCAAUGGUAAAACCUUUAAAAAUCUCAAAAUCCAGAAAAUCAGAAACCUUAACAACUGAUAAAUCAGUACCGAUUAUCGAGGAGAAGAAGAAAUCAAGAAAAACCAAAGUAGCACCGCCAACCAAUCAUGAUUCAGAUUCAAAUUCAGAAAAAUCAGAACCACGUAAUGAUCUGAAAUCACGUGUUGUACAGAGUACGAUUAAAUCUGGUGAUGAUGAAUAUGAGUUGGACAUAUUUAAACUUCAUGCUAGCAGUACGACUAAACGAGAGAAUAUCUGUACAAUAUGUGAACAAACUGGUCAACUUAUCGAAUGUCAGGGAGCAUGUCAAGGUCAUUUCCACGCCACAUGUCUGGCACUGACAGAGAAUCCUGACGGAGAAUUUAGAUGUGGGGAAUGUCUUAAAAAUGAACACACAUGUUUCCGGUGUAAAGUAGCUAGUACAGAUACAAGGAAAUGUUCCGUAUCAUCAUGUGGUAAAUUCUACCAUGAAGAAUGUUUUAAGAAAUAUCCUCAGAGUCGUAUUGAAGGGAAAUCGUAUUUCUGUCCCCUACAUACGUGUGCAACGUGUGCUGCUGACAACCCAAAAAACCCUAAAGCUACUAAAGGUCGGUUAUUACGUUGUGUACGAUGUCCGGUAGCGUAUCAUGCCGGUGAUUAUUGUAUAGCAGCAGGAAGUAUCAAUCUAGCUGGUAAUUACAUCGUGUGUAGUUCUCACUUUCAACCCAAUAAAACACAUCGUCAUCAUAGUCACGUCAACGUCAGCUGGUGUUUCCAGUGUAGUAAAGGAGGUACGUUGCUAUGUUGUGAAUCGUGUCCAGCAGCCUACCAUCCAGAUUGUUUAAAGAUGACGUUUCCCGAGGGUAGUUGGUAUUGUUCAGAUUGUUCCAGUGGUAAAAAACCCUUAUAUGGAGAUUUAAUCUGGAUUAAAAUCGGCAGUUACAGAUGGUGGCCAGGAGAGGUAUGUCAUCCCCGUAAUGUUCCCUUAAAUAUACAGGAAAAACCACAUCAAGUAGGGGAAUUCCCUGUUAGAUUCUUUGGAUCACAUGACUUUUAUUGGACACAUCAAGGGAGGGUUUUCCUGUUUCAAGAAGGUGACAAGGGAAGUCGGGAUACGGCAGCUGCUAAAGGUCUCGCUAAAAUAUUCGGACGAGGUGUUGUCGAAGCAACAGAAGCGUUUAAAAUCUGGCAGGCGGCGAAAGAAAACAAAGAACAGUUAGAGAAGGAAAAUAACGCCAAGAAACCUGCACCAUAUAAAUUUGUCAAGACCAACGUUCCUAUUGGAAAUGUUCAGAUCAAUAAAGCUGAUUUAUCAGAGAUACCGAGAUGUGAAUGUCGAUCGGAUCAGGAGAAUCCGUGCAGUUCCGACUCAGAUUGUUUAAACCGGAUGUUGAUGUAUGAAUGUCAUCCCCUUGCCUGUCCGGCAGCUGAGAAAUGUCAGAAUCAGAGAUUCCAGAAGAGAGAAUAUCCUGUAUCGGAACCCUUAAAAACACCAAGUAGAGGCUGGGGGUUAUAUACUAAAGUUGAUGUUAAAAAGGGUCAGUUUGUAAAUGAAUAUGUGGGCGAUUUAGUUGAUGAAGAUGAAUGUAGAAGAAGAAUAAAACAAGCCCAUGAAGAUAACAUCACAAACUUUUAUAUGUUAACACUCGAUAAAAACAGAGUUAUAGAUGCUGGUCCCAAGGGUAAUUUAUCAAGGUUUAUGAACCACUGUUGUCAACCUAACUGUGAAACACAGAAAUGGAUGGUAAAUGGCGAUGUACGAGUUGGACUGUUUGCACUGAAUGACAUUCCAUCAGGAUCAGAAUUAACGUUUAACUAUAAUUUAGAAUGUCUGGGUAAUGAGAAGACAAUCUGUGCGUGUGGAUCCGAUAAUUGUAGUGGUUUCCUAGGUGUCAGACCAAAGUCGGCAGCAGCGAUGGCCAACGCCAAGAAACUUAAAGAUAAAGAUGGUAGUAAGAAGAAGAAGAAGAAAAAGAAAUUAGAUAUCAAGAAAGAACAUGACGAUGAUUGUUUUCGUUGCGGGGAAGGAGGAGAGUUGGUCAUGUGUGAUCAUUCUAGUUGUCCUAAAGUUUAUCAUCUACAGUGUCUAAAUCUGACAAAACCUCCAACUGGCAAAUGGCUAUGCCCGUGGCACCAUUGUGACAAUUGUGGAAAAUCAGCCGUUAAAUUGUGUUGUAAAUGUCCCAAUUCGUACUGUAAUAAACAUAUCGUAGGAAAUAUAUUCGAUGUCGAGGGUACUCUAUAUUGCUCUGAUCACAAGGACGUUUUAUCAUCAUUUUCACCUUCAAAAAUUAAAACACCUCCCAAAAAGUUGAAAGAAGAGACGGGCAGUGGGGUAUCUAGUGGGGCAUCGACGCCGUCGUCAACACAAAAUGAGGAUUCUAAGGAUUCAGAGGAAAUGAAAGACCAAAAUGGUAUUGAGUUGGACACAAAUACAAGCGAUAUCAAUUUUAAAACUGUGAAAAAAAUUCUAACUUCUGGUUUACCGAAUAAUUUACCGGAAUCGGCGCCACAAACAAAACCGGCAGCAAGUGUAGUACCGACCACCAACGCUCUGUUUCCUCAAAGUUCUGAAAUUCCGGUCGCAAAUAAAUCUCUACCUCCGCAACGAUUGGACAAUAAACAGGGCAAUCGUACGAUGCCAAUGAAGCCUGUUGCGAAGAUUGAACCAGUACCGAAUCGACAGCGUGGUCGUCCGUGUAAAACAAAGGCUAAAAUGAUCGCUAACAUGAAACAAGGGGCUGCUCGGUUGUCGAUGGAGAAGUCGAAAACAACUCAACCAAAUCUGGCCGUUGAUGAGCUGAAAGUAGCGCCGAUGUUUGAUUCAUCUGACGAAGGAGAAACAGAUCUAGUUAUAGAUAUACCACAGUUUUAGAUAUCACAUCAUUUAUAGGCCAUAACAUUUUAUAUUUUUCUUCUCUUCCACAUUUGAGUUUUAUUUCAACAAUUUCAACAAGUUAUAAGUAAACUACAUUUCAUAAAGUUAUAAGUAAACUACAUUUCAUAAAGUUAUGAAGUGCCAGCUGUAAUGUCUGAAUUUUAGGCAUCUGAAGAUAAUUUAUCUUAAAAUUAUUUGUACGAAUAUAUAAAACAAGGAGGUCCAUACAGAAAAUCAUCUGAAUUUAUCUGUUAAAUGGUUGUUUUAGAUUUAUUUUGGAAUUUUUGUUUAUUAAAGAAAUUAUUUAAGUUAUUGGUAAUCUUUAAGGUAACGUUUGUUUAAUUCACAAACUUUUCUAUUCUGAAACAUUUAGAUCUAGUAACAUGAAACAUUUAGAUCUAGUAACAUGAAACAUUUAGAUCUAGUAACAUGAAACAUUUAGAUCUAGUAACAUGAAACUUUUAGAUCUAGUAACAUGAAACUUUUAGAUCCUAUUAAAACUAAAAUUAAAGAUGCAUACUGACGUUGUCAAGGUGUUGUGACUUAUUGUUGCUAUGGGGAUCUGUUAAGAGAACAAAUAUUCGGAAAAUGAAUCAUUUGUAUAUAAAACAUAAAACCAUCAUUGUUAUUAAUUUCAUCAAAUUUAUAAAUUAACAAUCAUUCGUUUUAUAUUAAUAUUAAGCUUGUGUCCGGUUCCUCAAACAGCUAAAGAACUGUUACGUGCAAGCAAAUUAUUGAAAUAAAAUUAAACCAUGUUAGUCCCGAAAUGACCUAGUUAGUGUUGAGUGGACGUUAAAUCCAUUUCUCUCUCUAUCCCUAGAAAGUAAAAAAAUUUAAACGCCAGAUGUAUAAAGACAUUUAAAUAUGGUGUUGACCAGAUAAAAAUGGUGUUUAUCAGAUAAAAUUGUAGACGACAUCAAACGAUAGUAAUGUUACAAGAAUUUAAAGUUUUCUCUUUGAAAUGUUAUUUUUUAAAUUUUGAAAUGUAAAAAUGUAUAAUAAUAAUAAUAUUCAUGUGUUUGUAAUUAACUAGUAAUUGUGUCACAUUUUGUCGAUUUGUUGAAUUCCUGCUAAUGAAGUAAUAAUUUUAUGCAUUUAAACUUUUCUGAAUAUGGAUGUACAUUUUGUAAAUAUUUCACAUUAAAUGGGAGAAUCAACGCUUGCAGGUUUAUUUUUUUCAUUAGCAAAUGUUUUCUUCUUUUAUUUUUUUCAUUAAAAUAUUUCUGUUGAAAGGUAACAAGACAUCCAUUUUUACAUCUGAUUUUUGUGGCAUUUAAUCGAAAACAUUUACGAUGUAAUUCUGUUUUUAACAAAUAAUUCACGUCAGUAUUUUGGUGGGGAUGUUCGUUGAAGAGAAUAGAUUUGAAUAAAACUAAUAUUUGUUGACAAGUAAAAGUGGGUCUCGCAAUGAAACCAGGAUAUCUUUGAUCAUGAUUUUUUGACAAUGAAUGUGAGAUCCUCUAAAAACCAAUCAGAUCAAAAUACAGAUCCUAUUUCGUUUUUUAACAGUUCAAAGUUUCGUUUUACUUCUCUUCACAACACAAGGAUCAGGAAGAGUUGUUAUAUAACAAGCGUUCUGGUUGAUGUGAGGAAUUAGCCAAUGAAAUGGUCUGUUCCGGCGAGUUCUUGGCUUGCUGUGCACGGAACUGUGGGUAAACCACUAGAAAUGUCAACGCUGAUUGAUUAAUCAAUGUCUGACGUCAUACGGUCAAAAGCCGCUCUUAUGACCCCUGACGUGACCUCCCGCAACAACUGGUCAGAUCUUCAUGUAGUAGAGGCUGACGAAAGUAUAAAAAUAUGAAUCGAAAUUUUAAUCAGAUUUGUCUAAAAACGAAAGUAAAUAUUGGUUAAACUUGUAAGUUAAACAUCAGUGAAUAAAUCAUGGGCCGGGUAUCGUGUAUAUGUAAUAAAUCAAGUAUUGUGUAUGUGCCAACAUAUUAGAUUAGAAUUGUGAUGUCAGAAAUCAAAAUCUGUCAAUCAAUGCCCAAUUGUUCAAGGAACAAUUAUGUCGACCGUACGUGAAGUAGUUGAGUCAUAAGCUUUAUUCAAUGAUCAUCGCCCACAAGAAACACAAAAUCAAUAUCUUGUGCCACAGUUCUUGGUCUAAAAAUUAUUUUCAUAUUUGUUAGAAUGUUAUUUUAUAAAAAUAAUGGUAAACAAAUUUCUAUUAAAUUUGUUGAUUUCGGUAAAAAGGUUAGAUCAAGUAAUUAGGUAAUUUAACUAUUGAAAUGAUCGAUCAGUUAGUCUGUAAAUCAAUGUAGGUUAUUAUCACGGAUGUAGUUUUCAUUAAUUCCUCGAACAGAUGUAAAAAAUUAGAAAAUAUUCUCCCUUGUUUUAUAAAUAAACGACCAUCAUAAACAUGAGACCUCAAGAUAAGUUUCAGUGUAAAAACAAGUAUUUUAUUGAAAAAUUUUGAUUAGUUUUUUUUUCCAAAUGUUGUCGAAUGUUAAUAUUUUAGUAAAAUACCUAUUAUGUGUAAAUGAGUUAAAAAUAUUUUCCCCAAGCACCUGUUUUGAAAUGAUCACUUGAGUAAUUAUAUAAAAUAAAAUUAUGGGAUAUUUUAGGCCUAUUUUAAACAUGAAUGUCGUCAUGGUAACAUUAUAUAUUAAUUGUAAAUAAAUGAAGAAUAAUUUGUAGUUUAAACAGUGUGUUGUAUUUUCUACUAAAUAAACAAUAUUUACAGUCUUA